UGUGCUACUCCUGAUGGGCUGAGAGUGAGUGGGGAAUCCUACAAAAUGAAAUUGGGAAUAGGCAAAAACAUGCAUCAUGUGUCUGCCGCUUCCUCUCCCUUCCUUCCUGAAUUCAGCGUUUCGUUUAUUUUGUCUCUUUUCCUCCAUUCUUUUUUAAACAUUAUCUCCCUCCUCCCCUUCUGCAUUCUUUUACACCACCCAUCAUUUCCUUUCCUCCUCCAUUAAUCUAAUCAACAACUAAUCCCCCAAAAAAGGAGCUUCCCCCAUCUGUCCCCUCCAUCUCCCAAGUCCCACUACCAUCAUGAUCCACCGUCGUACUCUCUUCCUCCUCCUUCUCCUCUACUCCUCCAUUUCCCCUAUUUCUGCCGCCGACACUUCCAAACUCCCGGAACCCAACCCUCCCCCUUCAAACGGCUUCGGCGACAUUGCUCUUACCGACUACCUAUCCUCUACCUCCAACUUCCCCGCCCUCCUCAACUCUGGCGACACCCCUGCCCUUCGCCCCAGCCUAGCCCUCAUCGUCGGAAUUUCCACCACCGUCUUAUUCAUCACAUUCCUCCUCCUCCUCUACGCUAAGCACUGCAAGCGUCCACCUAACACCAGAAAUGCCUCUAACAACCUAGCCAACAUCGACGCUGGAGGAGGUCUUGUCAGGAAAAACUCUGGUGUGGACAGGUCGGUCAUCGAGUCUCUUCCUCUUUUCCGCUUCAGUUCGCUCAGAGGGAACAAGGAUGGGCUCGAAUGCGCCGUUUGUCUCAACCGGUUCAACAACACCGAGGUUCUCCGCCUCCUCCCCAAAUGUCGUCAUGCCUUCCACGCCGAUUGCGUCGAUACCUGGCUUGACGUCCACUCCACCUGCCCUCUCUGCCGCCACCGCAUCCACCCGGAAGAUGUCCUCAUCGCAAUUGAAGACUGUGGCGAUGAUGAUGAGUUGGAAGAGGGAGAACCCCCCAUGGCACCUCACGAGGUCUGUAACAACGCUCUAUCCGAGUCUCCCGGAACCCCAACAGGAGAUGCUUUUGAAGAGCCUCGUCAUCCAGGAUAUGACCGACAUUGAGAUCGGGAGAUGCGAAUCCUCCUCCAUUAAUACUUCCGUCUCUGCCUCUGAGCAGGGCUCACGUCGGCUCCCCGGUAGGCAUUCGUCGGCAGGGGAGAGGCCGACGGGGACCAGUACCAGGUUUUUAUCUCACCUGUUUUCUUCCAAUAGGAAGGGUGCUUUCUCUCAGAGCUCGACUCCAUCUAUUAGGAAUUCAAUUAUGGGUUUGGAGAAGAAGAAGCGAGGAAGUGCCUAUUUAGGUGUCGUGGCUGUCGGUUGCUUCGACUGUUACCAACGGAAGGAUGCGUUUCUCUUGACCCAACAACAGCUAGGUGCCAGAUUGGGUUCACCAUCCGGGUCGGUCUCAACAGCUGAUAGAACCCGUUUGGAGCAUCACAUAAUCGUGUCAGAUGGCCGAAAAAUUCAAGCCCAUAGGUGGAGCGCCGUACAUGCAUCAGAUCAUCUCUAUCUCCGAUCAGAAUUGAUCAUCAGUUGUAGUCGUGAGGUACAUUCAGAAAGAAUACAGCGACCACAGCGGCCUCCACCUCUUCCCCCACCAUGGCGCCUUUCAACCGCACAAGUACAAAAUUCUUAGGAGUACUGUUACUAUAGAUAUCUAAGCUCCAUACUGGUCUUUUACGGCAAAAGAAGAUUUUUGGGUCAAUGAGGCAAAAGGAAAAUGAUGCUACCCUUUUUUCCAACUUAAAUGAUUGGCUUCUAGGUGUUCUGAUUUUGAAUUUUAUGAUGAAAGGAUCACCUAAGGAACCUAAUCCAUCAACAGGCUUUCUUUGGAAGGGACUACUCUAAAGCCUAGAAAUGGAGCCCUCGAAUAAAAUUUUGGACCUUUGGGAAUCAAGGUGUUGUAUUGAGUAUGAUUUGGCUUAGCAACUAUGUUUUUUAGGAAGAGAAAAUUUCAGUUGAAAGGAUCUGAAGAGUUUCUUGAAGAUGUAAAAGUAGUAAUUUGCAGGAUUUUAUGUAGAAUGUACCAUAUGUUAGGAGGAUUAUGAUGGGCUUCUGUUUCCAUUUAUUUGCCUUGAUUGAUUCCCUCUUGUUGAGAGGAAUCUUUGACUCAAUGAAUUUGUGGUUUUGGU